GCCCUGGGAAUUUGCUGCUAAUUAAGAACCAGAUACGAUAAACUGAAAUGGUGUUCUCAGAUGGAGAUGGUACAAUGGAUAAUGAGGCAGCCAAUCACCUCUCAACGACAACCAGAGAUGCGAUGGAACCAAAUGAAACGGUUCGAACGUUCUAGAAGUCGUUGUAAAGAAGACAUCACCAGGCAAUUUUCGGAAGUACGGAAAGAAAACUCGAUACGCUUUGCAACAAAUUAUAACAGCGAGACAGCAGAAAAUUUAUGAACAGCAGUGUGAGAUUGAUGAGCUGCGAAGAAGAAUUCGGGAACUUUGCACAGAAAACAAAUUUCUUCGUGAACAGAAUUACUGGCAAUCAAAAGCGUUGGAAAAAUUAGACGGAAAGCAUGCCGAACUGCCGCAGCUUAUCAACGGCCACUUGGAAGAAGUGAGAGUCUUUCGUGAACAAAUCCGCAGGAUAAAAGAAGUGGUGAGAAUGGAAAAACAGCGUCGUAAUGAAGCUGAAAAUGCGUUAGGGAAGGCACUGUAUGAGCUAAAACACCUGAGAAAACUGGUUGACGAUCAAAAGUUGCUUGAGAAAGAAGACCUUACGCACGCUAUUGAAAAGUUAAAAGCGGAAAAUGCUGAAAGAGAAAAGUUACUAACGAAUUUGGAAAAAUACGCUGAAAACUUGGAAAAGAACCAACGGUUUGAGAGUAUACGGUCUACUCGUGCACAAAAAGAAAUGAAGGAAGCUUGCCAACGGCUGGUGGAUCGAAUUCAGGAAUUGGAACAGACCGUGCAGGAAAAGCAGAAAAUCAUUGAACUUGGAAACAUUUACUCGAAACGCACAGUAAAACAUUUGCAGCCAAAUCAGCCCGUCGAAUCAACAGAAUGCUUGCUUGUAGAUGGGGAACAUGGCAAAGGAAAGCUCAGGGAACGCAUUAAGGAAUUUGACCAGCGGCGACAAGAUCUGGAAAAACGGAGAAAAAAGAUUCGCCGAGAACGAAUGUUACAGUCCCGAUUGAGUCGCUCACCAGAACUAAUCGAGUUCGAUGCUGGUUUAGAGGAACAUGAAACGGAUGAAAAACAGCUUACUAGCAAUUGUUCCACCGCUUCUUAUUCCACUCAGCGCUCGAAUGCUAAUCGCAUUGGAAUAAGCCGAAAACAACGUUCUACAACCAAUGAUAACCAGGUCUUGCUGCCCAAGAUUCAAACUACAGAAGCGUUGCACAAACAGGACUCAGACAGGAAACGGGGAAAGAGUCCCGGGGAGAGUAAGCAAGUGCGGUUCAACCCCACCUUGGAGCAACCAAUUCGCACCGAAAACCUAUCUGAUGAAGAUAAGGCAAUUUUCCAAAAGCUAAAAGAUGAAGAGCGUUACGCUCGACUUCGUGCAGAAGCGGAAAUAAUGCAGGCGGACGACGACAAUAGGGCUCAAGCAGGGGAACUUGACAGUGUGUCCGAGAGUACAUCAAAUAAUUCUGGAGGUGCUGUUCAGCGCAAUGUGAUUGAACGCUUUGUAAAGCCUUCCAGUGUUAAGUUGGAUCCUGUAUCGAAGGGUGACAGCCCAAACCACUUUUGUCAGGGAACAAGUUCGCCUAUAAUAAAUGACACAAUUGUGCAAGAUGGUUUCCAACCACACAGUACUGCCAAGCUGGAGGAUAUGUGUGGUGAUGAAGGAAUUGCACAAGGCUUCCUUGAGCCUAUACAACAGAGGACAGUACUGCACACUGUACAUGCAAUGGAGGCAAAUACCCCAACUUCCAGCAUUCCACCGGUAGCCAACAGUCCGCGAAACCCGAGAACUACCAGCGAACAAUCCACCUUUGCCUCGUUUGAGCUGCCUACAGCACCAGAGAGAGUAACGCAACUAUGUCGCCCUUUUGGUGACCAGGAAAUCGAUGACUUCAUGAGUGAAGAGACGGGUGGUAGCAGUACUUCCAACUCGGACACCAUAGAAAGCAGAUUCGAUGAUGAUUAUUUAUGGCACGAUACACCGACUGCACAUGCAAUGGUACCUCUGGAUGGUGCUGUAGAUCAACAUGCACGCAUGUUUCGUGGGCCCAACGGCUUACUUGUCAACGCUGCUUCCGACGUUGAUGGGUUGGACAUUGAAUAUAUAACCGAACUUUGAAUGUCGCAACUGUGAACAGUGAACAGCACCAAAAGAGCAGCACAUAAGUGCACUCAAUUUUCGGCUGUGCAUCAUAACACUUAGAACUUUUCUUUUUUCCUCUUUUCAACUUACUUGCCAAUCACCACCUUGUAAGUCCUUACGCUUGACAUGUAAUGGAGGUUUUAGAAUGCUAUCCAAGUUUAUCCAGUUAUUUUUUAUCUUACCAUUCUUUCGUUCCAAGGUGUAUAGGCUUUUACACCAACUAUACAACCAGCUUGACACUUUUUCUCAUCAUUUGGGUUUCGCGCUAACACUUUUUUGCAAAUGUACACGGCUACUUUAAGGUGUGCAUUCAACAACAUCUGUAAUGUGUUGGCUGUGCAGGGCAAUGCAUGGGGAAAUUGGUCCCAUUCCAUGUACACAGUUCGGUGCUAAUAUGAGGGCACUAAGAAA